CUCGGACCAGUUCUGACCUCAGUCUGGUGGUUUACACAGUCCUGCCUUCGCACGACGAUAAGAACUGACAGCUACUUUACUCGUCAAUCCAUCGAAACCCAAAAUGACAUCAAUCCACAACCAGCCAAUCACAGAAAUCCAGAUCUCCCUGAACAAGGAGCAGGAGGACAAGCUAGAAAAAGCAGGUUUCACCAGAGUUCCUGGUGACCUCAACAGCGGCACUUCUGGGCCCGUGGAGUUCCUGUGGUACAGAAGAGGGACCAGCAGAGCGGUCACCAGAGUCCAGUUCUCCUUCAUGGAAGAGAUGAACGAAGGUCUGACUGCCUCCGGCUUCACCCUGAUCAACAAGAACAUCAACACCGGCACCUCAGGAAACCCCAUAUUCCUGUGGUACUUGAGUUGCACCACUCAGUUCGACUCCCCCGUCCUGGACCUGAAGGUGACCACCAAGGUGGAGGAGGAGCCGGAGCUGUUCCUCAACGGCUGGGAGCGCAUGGGCCUCGACUUGAACCGCAACGCUGGUGGACAUCCAGUUUACGUCUGGCUGUUAAGGGAAGCGACUACAUACAUCUGCAGCAUCACGGCCACCCUGAGUUUCUCUGAAGACAAAGAGCUGUUCCAGCAGGGCUACGUCCGUGUGGACGAAGACACCAACCGCGGAGCGUUUCCUAUCGGUUCUGCAGUGUUCCCCUGGUUCCGCCAAACCAAGAUCAAAGGUGAAGGCAUCACUGAAAUAGAUGUUUCUCUGAAUAGAGAACAGGAGAUCGAGCUGCAGGCCAAGGGCUUCACGAAGGUCGAUAAAGACCUCAACGAGGUCGCCAAUGGAGACCCUGUGUACCUGUGGUACAUGCACAGCCAGGCUCCUGCCAUCCAGUUCCUCACCGUGUUAGUCGGUGAAGUCGCUCUGAGCGUCUAUAAAAGAGCCGGCGUCUGCAACAUCGUGGAGAAAAACCUCAACAGCGGCAAUAAUGGAGUUUCCCUUUACAUCGCAUACAAGUAAGAGUGGCCAGAUAGUGUGGGGUCCAGCAGGGGACAGGGGAGGGUAGUAGGGGUCACUCAAGUCUAACUUCAUUUAUUGCAGCUUUUACUAAUAUAACUCCAUUUAUUACUCUGCACACAAACAGACAGUGCUGUGAAAACGUUUUGGGCACCUGAGAAACUUUGAAGUGUAAAUGUGUUUAUCUGAGCAGUCGGCCUUUAUUUGCUCAGUGAAAUUAGAGUAAACACAGAACAUCAACACAGUAAGCAGUGAUGUUAUGAAUAUGUAUGUAUUUGUUUAACUGUUUCCAGGCCUCUCCUUGACGAAGCCCUGUAUUCCCUGAGUUUACCAUCCAAAUUUAACAUGAAUUCUGGAGGCAUUCAGCAGGAAUAUGGAACCAGACUUUGCCUUUCAAACUAGAUCAACUACUUUGUAAAAAGCGGUUUUAAAUAGUGUUUUUCGGUCCUUAAAAUGUUUUGUACAGCACUGUAGCUCCAUUUAUUACAGCACUCCCAUGCAGUGGACGGAAUAAUCACCACUCCUUUUAAAUAUGGUCACAUAAUCUAUCUCUCCCUGCACUGUUUCAACUUAAUGCUAUCUUAGAAAGCUUAGUUCGCCUGUGAAGGGCUGAUGUGAUUGGGUGAUUUCGUGUGCACGUGUUGUACAUAUCAGUAUAUUCAGCACAGUGAUUCUCAUCUGGAAUACGGGCUGGUCCCACGAAAACACGGAACAUCUACAGCCUCAGCCUCAGCAUCACCUUCAGUGAUCGAGAAACAUCCUUUACUUCCACCUCUAACAUUUCACAAUCUGGAAAACAAUCUGCACCCGUGAAAGUUGAGAGGACCUCGGACUAAACAGCCCAAAUCAGCGCUGACAGUUAAAGCCGUGUGAAGAUUGUAUCUGUUGGAGUGAAUAAUGUAAACGAUGUGUUCAUCUCAUCCUCUGCAUUUCUGUUCUUUCUCUGAUUAAAGCAUCAUAAAAGACUGUC